UUUUUUUCCCGUCACCCUUUCCAUUUCCACAUUUUUAGCAACACCGGCAAAAGCAAUUAUCCAUUAACAUGAUCAACCAUCGUGGCCACACAGAGAACCAAAAGAACAGAGACAUCAGACAUCGUUCUAGCACCAGCAAGCAAUCAACCAUGGCGGCGUUCUCAGCCUCGACGACCACUGCAUACCUCGCCAGUUUUGCUUCCUCCAAUCAACCUUCUUCACCGUCGAAGCCUUUCCAGCUUCCCCUCAUCUGGCCAUGGCAAAAGGUGAAGAUGGGUCCGAUGACAGUGUCUCCAAUGGGGUUUGGUACCUGGGCAUGGGGGAACCAGCUUCUUUGGGGCUACGACCAAACCAUGGACGCCGACCUUCAGCGCAUUUUCAAUCUGGCCGUGGAGAACGGGAUCAAUCUCUUCGACACGGCUGAUUCUUAUGGGACUGGGAAGCUGAAUGGGCAGAGUGAGAAGCUCCUCGGCAAGUUCAUAAGAGAGUAUCCAGGGAAGGCAAGAGAUGAUAUUGUGAUUGCUACCAAGUUUGCUGCAUAUCCAUGGCGGCUGACCCCAGGCCGGUUUGUGAAGGCCUGCAAGUAAUGCAUGCUUCAAUAGCACUUUGAAAGUUGAGUGAUGUCUUGGACUCUUGGUGCCACAAUUGUCUUAAAUGAUAGGGCUUUUGGCUUCCAGGGGAUCGUUGGAGAGGCUGCAAAUUGAGCAACUUGGCAUAGGACAGCUGCAUUGGUCGACUGCUAACUACGCUCCCCCUCAGGAACUGGCGCUCUGGGACGGCCUAGUUGCCAUGUAUGAGCAGGGUCUAGUUAGGGCAGUGGGAGUGAGCAACUAUGGACCGAAGCAGCUCGUUAAGGUUCACGAUUAUCUCAAAACUAGAGGAGUGCCGUUAUGCUCAGCUCAGGUUCAGUUUUCAUUACUGAGCAUGGGAGAAGAACAGAUGGAGAUCAAAGAAGUAUGCGACAGUUUGGGGGUUCGUCUUAUCGCUUACAGUCCUUUAGGGCUUGGAAUGCUGACAGGGAAAUACACAUCUUCCCAGCUUCCGGUUGGACCCAGGGGGCUGCUAUUUGGUCAAAUUCUUCCUGGACUGCAGCCUCUGUUGAAGGUGCUCUCGAAAAUUGCAACGAAGAGGAGGAAAACCAUACCGCAGGUUGCAAUAAAUUGGUGCAUCUGCAAAGGCGCAAUUCCAAUACCAGGGGUGAAGACUGUUCGACAAGCAGAGGAGAAUUUGGGAGCUCUAGGGUGGAGGCUAAGCUUGGAGGAGCAGAUUGAGCUAGAAUAUGCUGCAUCCAGUUCGCCAAGGAAAAUGAUCCAAAAUGUUUUCCAGACGAGGUAUGUAUGCAACGCGCUCUCUUCCGCACAGAAUUCAUUACCUCUCAUAUAUUUUCUCAUCAAAACCUUGUGUCAUGCCAGAUAAUAUCAUGACGACUCGGACUCAGAUGCAUACAGAAAGAACAACGACAACAAUAUGUAAACACGAAGUUAUUGUCUACAACAAAGAACCAUUCAUAUUUCAUAUACAUCCUGUGAAAUCGGACAAUAACCUACUAUCCUAAAUCGUUCAUGAAAUCAGCAUUCCAGUUGGGAAAUGUAUUGUUUGCACACAUAAUACGCAGCAUUUCUCACAGCUGAGAACGAACAAGAACAUAAAGUAGCAUCUGAUGUAAUGAUCAGCAUAGGUGUAGAGCAUUGAAAGAACAGAGAACCAUCCUGUACUCCCCACCAUUUCAACAUCACUCAUUUGAUAUCUUUAAAGUACCAUUCUAGAGAAUUAGAUUUCAAAGUAAAACAGCACUGAAUUGCAUUAAGAUCUCAGUAAUAGUGUACUGCCACAACAGAUCGAACAAAGAAACCAGUACUAGAAUUCGAGUCAUGAAACUAUUACACCAAAAUUUCUGACAGCAACAAAACAGAAUAUCCAGUAACCUAACAGUAACUGCAUCCCAGCAUCCAGACUAACAGUCUACUUGAUCUUCUUCUUCGGCCUCAGCUGGUUGCUGUGUCCACACUUCUUCUUCCUGCAGUUGACAGCACGGGGGUGGAGACGCGCAUAGCACCUGUAUAGACAUCAUAUCCAACACAUGAUUAUCACCAGAUCAAAUAUCAAACACGCAACAGAACGCAUUGAGAGAAGCACAACAGUUACAUGAGUUGAAAAGAGCAAACGUUAAUUGCAUCAUUACUAGAACAGACUAGCAGCUUCCACCAAAUAAAGGAACAUAGAUCAAGUCGAUAAAAGAUUAAGUCCAUUCAUUAGACCGAAAUGUGUAGCUUCCAUAGUUCAGAAUAUAAAGCAUUUCCUUCCUAAGCUCUAUUACAUGGUUCAACAACCAAACUAAAGCAUUACAGUAAAUAGCCUAGGUAAAUGAAACUCUCAACUUACCCAGAUCAAUUCAAGACGCUAGUAGCCACUAGGCAAACCUAUAGACAGUGCUGAAGAUUGUUCAAUAACUUUCAACAAUCCUAAUCCAUAAAAUGUCCCAGGAAACCACAUAUGCUCAUGGAUUUGGUAGUGCGGAACACAAUAACUCAGACGGGCAAUACAUGAUUAACCCAAGAAAACAGAUAUAAAGUAGACACCAAGUAAUCACUGUGGAGUCUCAAGAGGAUAACAACUUACUUGCGGCAGAUCAUCUUCUCCUGGUUAUACUUCCUGGCCAAAGCCAUCAACGAUGGCUCGAUAAUGCCACCACGAAGCCUCAGAACCAAAUGAAGAGUCGAUUCU